AAAUUAGUCUUAACAAGUUUGUGAAGGUAAAAACAUGCACAUUUUGUACUUAUUAACGUGUUUAUUUUUUACAAAAACUAGUGAAGCGGCGAGGAUAUUGGGUGUGUUUCCAACGCCUUCAAUCAGUCACCAGGUUGUGUUCCGACGUUUGACUCAAGAGCUAGCUAAGAGAGGACACGAUGUCACCGUCAUCACAACAGAUCCUGCCUUCCCGAAAGGAGAAGCCCCUGCUAACCUCACAGAAAUCGACGUUCAUGAUGUAUCAUACCAAUUAUAUGUACAGUAUGCAGCGAAUGUACCAAGAGGACAUGCAAAUGAUAUGCGGCAACAAAUUGAAAAGCUGAUUUCCUUUAAUGUAGAGGCUGUUGAUAAACAACUAAGUGCUGAGAGUGUGCGACGUUUGAUUGAAGAUAAAAAUCAGAAAUUUGAUUUGUUAAUUAUAGAAGCUCGGGUUAGACCUGCAUUAGCGUUCACUUAUAUUUAUGAUGCACCUGUAAUUCUUAUGAGUUCUCUUGGGGCUUUAUUUCAUAACAGCGAAGCAUUCGGGAUCCCAACUCAUCCUAUUCUAUAUCCAACUGUUAAUCGCCAAAGACUGAACAAUCUUACUAUGUGGGAGAAAAUAACAGAAUCGUAUACCUACUACAUAGUUCAGAAGUUAUUUUACGAUAGUAUACGUUUGGAAGAUAAAAUGCUUCAGAAACAUUUUGGAUCAAACAUCCCAUCUGUUACAGAACUAUAUAAUAAAGUAGAUCUGCUGUUUUUAAAUAUGUAUCCAGUGUUUGAAGGUAUUCGACCAGUUCCACCCAACGUCAUCUACAUGGGUGGCCUGCACCAAAACUCGGAGAAGGAGUUGCCUCAGGAUCUCAAAUCUUAUUUAGACUCUUCACAAAAUGGUGUGAUUUACAUGAGUUUUGGUACAAAUGUAGACCCUACUAUGUUGCCUGCCGACAGAAUCCAAGUACUAGUGGAAGCAUUCUCUCAGUUGCCUUACGAUGUGUUAUGGAAGUGGAAUGGAGACGAGCUGCCUGGCCGUACUGAGAACAUCAGAAUCUCAAAGUGGUUGCCGCAGUCAGAUCUACUGAGGCAUCCUAAACUCAAGUUAUUUGUGACACAAGGAGGUCUCCAAUCUACUGACGAAGCGAUUACUGCUGGCGUUCCACUGAUUGGAGUUCCCAUGGUGGCUGAUCAGUGGUACAACGUUGAGGAAUACGUAUAUCAUAAGAUCGGUCUUCGAUUGGAUUUGGGUGACAUGACAGUUGAAAAUUUCAAAAGCUCGAUCCUGAAAGUUAUCAACGAUGACAGCUAUCGUCAGAAUAUAAUCAAACUGCGGGGGUUCAUGCGUGACGAGGUGCAGACUCCACUGGAGCGCGCCGUGUGGUGGACGGAGUACGUGCUGCGGCACGGCGGCGCGAAGCACCUGCGCUCGCCCGCCGCCAACAUCUCGUGGGCGGAGUACCUAGAACUGGAACUGGUGCUCACAUUACUGGCAGGACUCUUUAGCAUUAUAACCGUAUUUGUGAUGAUACUAUUUGCAUUAUACAAGCACUUUUUCAGUAAUAAUAAAGAAAAAUGCGCCGAGCAUUAGACCUAUAAAUAUUAUGUGAAACGCUUUUUAAAUCUUAAGAAGGCAACGUAACGACGAUUUGAAUGUAUGUUUAGAUUUUAAUUAUAAU